GAUUGAGUGCAAGUUUUAUAAUGGAAGGUGCCGGACCGUUUGACGAUCAGAGUUUUAGCGAUUACAAUAAUCAACCUUUGCCCAGUUUAAGUUCGACUUUGUUGAGUAAAAAUAAUGAUGUACAUUCCAUACAGGUCAUGUUGGGUUUGCAACAACACCAGCACGAAAUGUUCGCAGGCAUGGGUUCGCCGUUGGACUACGAAAAAUCGUCGCCUCAAAAACUCGACGGUUCUCCCAUGCACCAUCAAGAUCUAUCGAUGGCGUUCCAAGGAGCGAUGGACACCAUCGGCAGUACCAACGGUGUGCACCAGCAACGGAAAAAAGAGGACGUGGUACUGCUCCAAUCCCAAACGCUCAAUUCCACGGAGAUUGCCAACGCUUCUUCGACGACCAGCAAAAAAAGCGUGAAAAAGAAAAAUGAUAAUAAUGGAGUAAAAAAGAAGAAGACAAGAACCACCUUUACUGCUUAUCAACUGGAAGAAUUAGAAAGAGCAUUCGAACGCGCCCCCUAUCCAGACGUAUUCGCUCGCGAAGAACUCGCUCUAAAACUCAUCCUAAGCGAGUCCAGAGUGCAAGUAUGGUUCCAAAACAGACGCGCCAAGUGGCGUAAACGCGAACCUCCAAGAAAAACCGGCUACAUCAGUUCCUCUACACCAACCUCUACAAUCAACCCCAACUUCAAUCAAUCCAUACCGUUCACUCAACCUCAACCAGCAGCUCCUGUGGACUCGUGGAGCUACGGACAAUCGACUUACGAACUGGGAGGGCACUUGAAUUUACUCAACUCCACGCCUGGAUCGUAUUCCAGUUUCGGAUCUCCCGCUUCGUAUACGACUUUCGGCUCCGGCCAGAAUUCGUAUUCUUACAUGCUUAACUCUCACGAUACUCAAUUGUUUAGGACUCACGAGUACUCGACUCCGCCAGUGAAUCAAAGUCCACCGUUGGGCAGGGAGUAUUCGAUGUUGCAAACGCAUUCGCCCACUGGGGACGAAAAUUCGAUAGGAGUGAAGAUUGAGUAUGUGGAUCCGAGUUUGAGUCAAUCGCCCGAACGGUACGGAGGUUCUCCCAAGUACGAUCAAAGUUACGAAAAGGACUUGAAACCGGAUGGUAACGGGAAUCAGACUUAUGUUACUCUGCCCCCUUUUCUGAAUUAGCACGAAUUGUUAAUAGGUGUUAUUUAAGAGAAAAUUUAUAUUAGUUUAUUUGUUUUUUAUAGAUGUUUAAGCUUAAUUCGUGUUUUAUAAUACCUAUGUAUUUAUUGUCUGCUUAUUUUUUUGUAUAGUGUAAUGUUCUAGGCCGGGCAAAUAUCAAAAAAAUUAAUUUUUUUUUAUAUAUAAUCAGAAAAUAAAAAAAUUGAAUUGAGACUGUAUUAUAAAUAUGUAUAUUUAGUUGUGUAUAUUUUUAUAUUACCGAAUCUGAUGGUGCCAUAUUUGUACAUAAAAUAAUUCGUUUUUAGGAUUUUUAAUGAUUAUUACUAUUGAAUAUAUUAUAGUGAUUUUAUAAAGUACCUAAUUCUAAAUUACAUUUCCCUAUCUUUGAAAUUGCAUAUCUGAAUUACAAUUUAUGUUUCCUGAAAUUAAAUUUUCCCAUUUCCGAAAUACAUAUUCCUAUUCUGAAUUACAAAUUCC